UUAUUAUUAUGUUAUAGAUGCCAGAGUUUCUAAUAAGUGAUCCUAAUGAUACUGUAUUAGAGAUUACAGUGUUUGAUAGUGACCUCUUCUCACCUAAUGGUGGUAAAACACACAUUUUUGGACUCGCCGCGUAGGCGGGUAUUAAGUAGUUUGGUUGUCUGUCGGUCAUUCUUCUGUCCCUUUUUAAUGUCUUUUUUUUUAAUAUAACUUUGAAACCGAGCACUCUGGCCUUAUAGAUCUUUCUCUACAGCUGGAAAAAGUCUUUCUUUAUCAUCUAAUAAUGUCUAAAGAGCAGCGCCAGGGAGAAGAAGCUUACAAAGUAAGGAAAACUGAUGGGACUGGGUAAAAUAGGGACAGGGACUGGGACUGGGAAAAACAGGGUAAAAUAGGGACAGGGACUGGGACUGGGAAAAACAGGGACAGGGACAGGGACUGAAAAAAGUAGAGUAAAACAGGGACAGGGACUGGGAGUCUGGGACUGGGGACAAUUGGGUAAAAAGGGACUGGGACUUUAGGCAAAUUAGAAUGAAAGGACUGGGAUUUCCAAGAAUGGGAGUACUGCAUGCAGUGUGAGACUGUUGCAGGUCUCAAAUAAAUAUCAAGACAGGAAAAACUAUCAAAGAACAUGCAUAAAGAACAUAGAUUGUGACUAUAUUUAUAAAUUGAAAUGUUUUUGAUCACUACAUGAUACAAAAUUAUCACUAAUGAUAAAAACAAAAAAAGUAAGCAUAAGAACCAGUUUUAUGUUGUAUAUUUUAUGUUUUAAGACUUUGAAGUCUUCGCUCUUUCAUUCAGUGGUCCAAGACCAUUGUAGUAAAGUUCUCUACCAUGCCACUGGAUUACACUACUAUAGUGAACAGAACUAUGUACAGAAAAACCUUCUAAUCUGUAUACAGCACAGAAUACUUAUUUAUAUGAUGAAGAAAAAUUAGUGUCUAGUUUGACUUUAGUUAUGUAUAAUACUAGGAUUUUUACAGGAAGCUAUCAGGAACACUAUAGGGAUAUAACAUAAAUAAAAAUAAUAAAAAAUGCAUUACAGAAUGUAUUGCCCAUUAUUUACUUAUAUAAACAGUAUAACUCUAAAAGUUAGAACUGGGAGAUGUAGAAAUGCACAUAAAUUUAGUUAAAACAGGGUUAUAUCCAGUUCCAUGAUUGAUUACUUCAAUCUAUAUACAUGCCUAUAGUGCAUUCAAUAAUGUACUUCAACAACUGGAAUGCUAUCUUCACCUGCACAUUUGAUUGCAUUUCUGCGUCUUAGUACACUACUAUUUUUCCUUUAUCUAAGUUACUAACUUCCUUUGAAAGAUGCAUGGCAAAAUUUUAAUAUAAAUGAAAAAUAUAACUGCACUUAUUAUCAUGUUAGCCCAAUCAUGUAUUUGUCACACCAAAGGAACAUACCUCAUUUAGACUUUUUUGCAUAUAUCUAAGUGUAGACUGAUCUACAUCAAUUUACCAGAAAAUUCACCCUCUAAUUCAAUCAAAAACUUUUGAUCAUAUUCUGCAACUUUCUAAGAAGGACUGAGCUGUGCAGUGAAUAGAGAAAUGGAUUAGUUGCUCUGUAGUAUACACAUCAGCUAGAUAUACCCCAAAUUUACCCUUUCAGUCCCAGUCCUUCAUUUACCCUUUCAGUCCCAGUCCCAGUCCCAGUCCUGCUUUUACCCUGCCAAUCUCAGUCCCAGUCCCUGUCCCCAUUUUACCAACCCCGGGGUGAAGAGAGAAACGAAUAAGGAAUGACUUGGUAUUAUUGAAUGCUAUGUUAUCCUCACUCCACUAGGCCAGUGAAUCCAGAUCUGCUUGAAGAUGGAGGGAGUCUGAGAUAUGGCUGAUAGGAUGGUAGCACUUAGUGUCGUCGGCAUAGAUGCCUAAAUAGGUGGGGCUUUAUGGUAAUUAUUUAUAAAAUGGCUCUUGAAAUAGAGAGUGCAGAUGUUAUAAGAUUAAUACAACAAUAUCUAAAAGAAAACAACCUCCAAAGAUCACUACUUACACUACAAGAGGAGACUGGUAUAUCUCUCAAUACAGUGGAUUCUAUUGAAAGUUUUGUGUCAGAUAUCAGUAAAGGACACUGGGACGCUGUUCUUCAAGCCAUUCAGUCUCUGAAACUACCAGACAAAACAUUGAUUGAUCUUUAUGAACAGAUAGUGAUUGAGUUGAUUGAGUUAAGAGAAUUAGGGGCCGCCCGUUCCUUACUGAGACAAACUGAUCCAAUGAUAAUGCUGAAACAGCAACAGCCGGAGCGAUAUAUACACCUGGAGAACCUGCUGGCAAGAUCUUACUUUGACCCGAGAGAAGCUUACACUAAUGGAAGUAGUAAAGAGAAGAGAAGAGCUGCUAUAGCUAAUGCAUUAUCUGGUGAAGUGUCAGUAGUGCCUCCGUCAAGGUUACUGGCACUGUUAGGUCAGUCCUUAAAAUGGCAGCAGCACCAGGGGCUACUGCCACCUGGUUCAACAAUCGAUCUAUUCAGAGGUCGUGCUGCUAUGAGAGAUUCAGAAGAGGAGAAGUAUCCAACGUUACUUAAUAAAACCAUAAAGUUUGGAACUAAGUCGUACCCACAGUCCGCAGUCUUCUCACCAGACGGACAAUACCUGGUCACUGGUAGUGCUGAUGGUUUCAUUGAAGUUUGGAACUUCACUACCGGAAAAAUAAGGAAGGAUUUGAAGUAUCAGGCACAAGAUAGUUUCAUGAUGAUGGAUGAUGCUGUCCUUUGUCUGUCAUUCAGUAGAGACAGUGAACUCUUGGCAUCUGGAGCCAAGGACGGAAGAAUAAAAGUUUGGAAAGUCUCCACUGGUCAGUGUCUAAGGCGGUUUGAACACGCCCACAAUGAGAGUGUGACGUCAGUCUCCUUCUCUAAGGACAGCAGUCAAAUAUUGAGCUGCUCAAAUGACAUGAGCAUCAGGUAUGGGAAGAGAGAAGGAGGGGAUUUUGUGGCGUCACUCCUCAGCCCAAGAGGAGACUGGGUCUACUGUGUGGGGGAGGAUCAUGUACUGUAUUGCUUUUCAUUGACUACUGGGAAACUGGAGCAAACACUAAUGACACACGAUAAAGAAGUCAUUGGUUUGGCUCAUCAUCCUCAUCAAAACCUCAUAGCAACUUUUGCUGCUGACGGGAAACUGAAGCUAUGGAAAUCUUAACAAACUAUAACUAUUAAUUAACAAACAUAAUUAAUAAACAUUAUAAAAAUUAUAAAGAGACAAUACUUCUGCCAGCA